CAUGGCGGACAAAAGUCUUCAGGUUCUUCUUCACCCAACUUCGCUACGACAACACGUUCAGCAGUGGUUAGCCGAAGACACGCCAAGCUUUGAUUAUGGAAGUUUCGUUGUGGGAGAAAGUGAAGAAACAGCAGUAUUGCUGUGCAAAUCGGGGGGUAUUUUAGCGGGAGUUCCUUUCUUCGACGCAGUAUUCCGUGAGUUGGGGUGUAAGGUGGAGUGGGUGUUUUCCGAAGGCAUGCAAGUUGAACCCACGACCACGGUGGCAAAGGUAACUGGGAAAGUUAACAAGAUUCUUCUAGGGGAGAGAGUGGCCUUAAAUUGUGUUACAAGAGCGAGUGGAAUCGCGACGAAAGCUAAGAGUUUGGUGAAACUUAAGGAAGACCAUAAAUGGCACGGAGAAAUAGCGGGAACUCGGAAAACUACCCCGGGUUUUCGAAUCGUGGAAAAGUAUGCACUUUUGGUCGGCGGGGUUUCCACUCAUCGUUUUGAUCUAUCCUCCAUGAUCAUGCUUAAAGAUAAUCACAUUUGGACAGCUGGGAGCGUCAGACAUGCAGUAGAAGAAGCCAGAAGGGUCGGAGGAUUCUCAAUCAAAAUUGAAGUGGAAUGUCGAAGCAUCGAGGAGGCAAGAGAAGCUGCCAUUGCAGGAGCUGAUGUUGUCAUGCUAGAUAAUUUUGAGCCCUGGGCUCUCCACAGGGCAGCCGAGGUCCUGAAGAAAGAAUUCCCGUAUUUAUUCAUCGAGGGAAGUGGAGGAAUAACGAUAGAGAACAUCGCGCAGUACUUUGGAUCGCAUGUUGAUGUGAUUUCGAUGGGAUCUCUCACACAAGGCUACGGGACAGUCAAUUUUUCUUUGAAAAUUCUGAAGGAAGGACAUGACCCGCACAAUCCAAUUGUCAGAACUUGCUAAUCGUUAGUAACUGGAUGGUUACUCUGUUUUCAUCACUUUCGAUUUAGCGUCCCUUUGUAACGAAGAAAUUGUACUAGAUAACAAGAAAGAUUGUUUUUGAUGUAAAACACUGAUGUAUUUGAUUAAUUUUAUCAAUAGGUUACAAAGAACUUUCACACCGAAAA